UCGGUUUGAUAUGACACCUUGUCAGUACAUUUUUCGAACGCUCAUUGGACGGACGUUGUGAAUAGUGAUCUAAAUAGUAGGCCAUUUUUUAGUAGAAUUGAGUGCCCUACACCCACCAGACCGGAAUAGGAUUACAACACUACACAAGCAAACACACAAACACACGAAGCUUAUCAUCCCGACACAUCGAAUGCUCGACUAUGCCUUCCGGUGGCAAUAAAAAGCCACCCCACAAAGGUUCCGGAUCGUCAGGAGGAGCAAGCGGAGGCAAAGGAUCAAAAGCCAAACAUAACAACAACAACAACAACAACAACAACAACAGUUCAUCCGCAUCCAACAGAAACCCCUCAACCAGAGCCAACUUCGAUGGCAGCAAUCGCCGUCAGCAGCCGGUGGUCGAUCCGACCAACGCCGCCGCUGAUGUAGACGAGGAAUACAACUCCGGCUUCGGUCAAUAUUUACGAUCGCCGCAAGCUGUGGACAUGAUGAAACUGUUUGUAAUCGCCAACACCUUGAUGGUGUUUUUUACCGUCGCCUGGCCCCAGAUGCAGCAGUCCUUUGAGGUGAUAAAAUCGUUGAUUUUCGGCGAGGGAGACGAUGAGGAUGAGUUGUAG